UGUGGGUAGACUUCCAGUGCCAACCCCCGGACACUCAGAGCACAUCCGGUUUUAGCCGAGCGGGGAAGCUCCGAAGAGGUGGGCUAAGAAGCGGAGGCUGCGCUGAACAGACUUGGAGCCAUGAAUAUAUUUGAUCGGAAGAUCAACUUUGAUGCCCUCUUAAAAUUUUCCCACAUAACUCCCCCCACACAGCAGCACCUAAAGAAGGUCUACGCCAGUUUUGCACUGUGCAUGUUUGUGGCAGCGGCAGGGGCCUAUGUCCAUGUGGUCACACGUUUCAUCCAGGCUGGCCUGCUCUCUGCCCUGGGCGCCCUGGCCUUGAUGAUUUGCCUGAUGGCCACACCUCACAGCCAUGAGACGGAGCAGAAGAGGCUGGGACUGCUCGCUGGCUUCGCCUUCCUUACAGGAGUUGGCCUGGGACCUGCCCUGGAGCUGUGCAUUGCCAUCAACCCCAGCAUCCUCCCCACGGCCUUCAUGGGCACGGCCAUGAUCUUCACCUGCUUCAGCCUGAGUGCCCUCUACGCCAGGCGCCGGAGUUACCUCUUUUUGGGAGGUAUCUUGAUGUCAGCCAUGAGCCUCAUGUUCGUGUCCUCUCUGGGGAACCUUUUCUUUGGAUCCAUUUGGCUGUUCCAGGCAAACCUGUACAUGGGGCUGCUGGUCAUGUGUGGCUUUGUCCUCUUCGACACUCAGCUCAUUAUUGAAAAGGCUGAACACGGAGACAAGGAUUACAUCUGGCACUGCAUUGACCUCUUCUUGGACUUCGUUACACUCUUCAGGAAGCUCAUGCUGAUCCUGGCCUUCAAUGAGAAGGACAAAAAGAAAGAGAAGAAGUGACGUGGCGAUCGGCCUCUCCCAGCUCGCCUUCUCUCCCUCAGCCCCGUUUCUUUGCACACAUCACAGGUGUCGUGUCCCAUGACAAUGAAAAGCAUCAGGAAAGCUUUUGUACUUUGUGGUUUUCUCUAUUUUGAAUUUUUUGAUCAAAAAACUGAUUAGUGAAUAUAGUUUGGAGUUUGGCUUCGUCUCCUGGGGUUCUUCCGCUCCCUUUUCUGUCAGUCCAUCACAGCCACUUGCUCUGCUCAGGCAGCCAGUGUACCAGAAUGAGAAGUGAGAGCAGAAGUCUGCGCCCUGCCAAGCCUCUGUGGCUGGACCCCUGCACUGCUGGCUGGACCCUCUUGACCCCAUGGUUCGGCUCUCAGUUCCAGUGAGGCUGGGCAGUGUGUUUGCCUUGGGAGGGACCUUACCUGUCUGAGCUGCCAGGGCUGCCACACAGUGGACUCUGGUGGGUGCUUCCCUCCUCUGCUGCCUAAUUCAGUCUGGCAAACGCCUUUCUGCCUUGCCAUGAUGAAGGGAGUGCUCUGUCCCACUCCUGAGUGGCCCUCAGGAAGUCUGCCUGCUUUCCAUCUGUGGGCUGGGAGGGCUCGAGUACAAGGGAGGAACAUGAAGGGUCUGAGUGUGGUGGCCAGGCGGAGAGACGGCUCCAGGGUUCCCUGUUGUGCUUUUCUUUUUCGUUUUUUAAAUGUCAACCUUUGUUACUGAUUGGUCUCCACUGGGUGGCUGUGGUGUCUUGGAAAGGACAGGGAAGGAGACUGGCUGAGCCUCGGCUAACCGAACUGAGGCCUUCCUGCCACACACGCUUAGGGAAGGCCGCAGCUCUGGGUGGCUGGGCUGGCUCUUCAGUGGUUUUUGUCUGUCUGCCUGAACGUGAUUUGGGAGUGUCAGGACAACUGCGAGGCAGCAGGGAACAGUCGCUAACAGACGUAGAGAACAGUCACUAACACGUACUUGAGUUACUUGGGUUUGUUCACCUGUUUCCAGAGAUUUUUGGUCUUUUGGGCAGAAGCCCGUUGACCAGACUGUGGGCCAUCAUAGUCUGCAUGGAGAGGUGGCAACCGGAGUGGUUGUGGCCCUGGCUACCAAGCCCUGACAGCCCGUUACCAGGAGGAUGGUGGUUUUGACUUUCUUCACUCACAACCAGUGCAGUUGACACAGUGGCUGCUGCUUCACUGUCCCAUGAAACUGCUUCUGGUGUGGUGCGCCCAGAGCGACAUCUUGCCACCCUGUUUGCCUGGUGCCUCCCCUGGCUCGAGCUUACACCCUGAGGGACGGCAGCAGCUCUCCAGAGAAACGAUGCCGCGAGGCCUCAGGACCCGACUGAGUUCCACCUCUUGAAGCCAGACUCCACCUCUUGUGCUUUUUUGCUUGGGAAAAAGGAGUUUUUCUUUAGAAACAGUGCCAAGAAUGAUAAAGAUAUAAAAAACUACUUUUAAAUAAAAUGCCUGUCAGGUUUUUAACCCAGGCCUCCCUGCGUCUCCACUCUAUCCCCGGUUCUUUGUUUCCGGCUCAAGCUGCGUUCUCUAACUCAAACUGUGAAGACAACGGGGUUUUUGAUUAAAAAAAAUAUAUCUACAUAGUCUUAAUUUGUAAAAAAUAAAGAAAAUUCCUUAACCUUU